AUGGGUGUAGAUGCUGAUAACAGUGACAUAGGGAACCUAGUGUUCAACAGGGGUGGUAGAAGAGUGGAAGUGGAUCCUAAAACCCUUAGAAAACCCCGUUUAUAUAUGCCUGUGGAUCACAGCAAGCCUUUUUCUGAGCAUACAACAUCCAACGGAUGUCCACUGGUACAGAAUGGAGGACAUCGACCCACAGUCGAGACUCCUAAGCAUCAUCAUCCUCAGGAAGCCACCGAAAGUAAGAGUGACGAAGCACGAAAGGAAGGUGAAGGUAAAUGA